CACUUGGGUGGACUUCCUAUAUGUUCUUCAGUGUGCUGAAGUGCAGUGGUUUUUCAGAAGUUCAGAUCAAACCGCUGUCCCAGUAAAGACCUCAGGUUUUUCCAUCAUGUCCACGACUGUUCUCCCUCUUCCUUGUAACUGCAGAUUGGAUACGAAUUCCUGCAUUUCCUGAAACAAAGGUGGUCAGAUGCUGCUUUCAUUUGGCUUUUUCUGAGAAAAUCUACAACCUGGGCAUGCAGCUCACUGAACCUCACCAGCUCUUUUCCUUUACUCAGCCAGAUCACGUCGUUGUGAAGCAGGAGAUCGUCGUGGGAGGCCUCCUCUGAUUCUGUCACAAGCUUGCAGAGAAAGACAGUGUUGUGAAGCAGGAGAUCGUCGUGGGAGGCCUCUGAUUCUGUCACAAGCUUGCAGAAAAAGACAGCGUUGUGAAGCAGGAGAUCGUCGUGGGAGGCCUCCUCUGAUUCUGUCACAAGCUUGCAGAGAAAGACAGUGUUGUGAAGCAGGAGAUCGUCGUGGGAGGCCUCUGAUUCUGUCACAAGCUUGCAGAAAAAGACAGCGUUGUGAAGCAGGAGAACGUCGUGGGAGGCCUCCUCUGAUUCUGUCACAAGCUUGCAGAGAAAGACAGUGUUGUGUUGCUUGAUGGCUCCCUGACAAAGUGUGCUCUGAUCUGCUGAAGGAACAUGGAUGUGUCUGGGGGCCAGCAGCAGUAUGGAGGAUCUAAGAAGAGGGUGAAGAUCCACCCCAAUUCCGUCACAGUGAAAUACGCCACCCACUUCCCCCAGCCUGGAGACGAGGGUUACGACGAUGCUCCGUCCUUUGAGGACUUUGGGUCGUUUGCAGAGGCCAGCCCUGCCAAGAGACUGGUGACAGACAGUAGUAGGAGGACUUUCUUUGGCACCAUAGAGACCCCCUGUCCGCUAGGGGGGAAGGGACCGUUGGGGGGAGGGGUGGAGCCCCAGAGCCGGGACAAGGGGGUCGGGGGGCAGCUGGCUAGCUUCGGGGAGGCCAACGUUCUGGCGUCCCGGGUCACCUGGAUGGCGUUGUUCGGGGCAGCGGUGGCUCACGGCUGCGUUGCUCUGAUCACACGGCUGGCGGCGGACCGCUCCAAAGUGCCGUCCCUGGAGCUGAUCUUCAUCCGGUCUGUGAUCCAGGUCCUGUCCAUCACAGUGGUGUUUUAUAACCAGGAGGAACCCUUCGGCCCGAAGGGGUACCGCCUCCGGCUCUUCUUCUAUGGUGUCUGCAACGUCAUCUCCAUCACCUGCGCCUACACCGCCUUCGCCAUCGUGCCGCCCAGCAACGGUACCAUCAUGUGGCGCGCAACCACCACGGUGUUCAGCGGCGUGAUGGCCUUCCUGUUGUUAGACGAGAGGCUGGGCUACACGGACGUGGUGACGGUGGUGGGCAGCGUGUUCGGCCUGUGUCUCGUCAUGAUCCCCAAUGUGGCCGACGAGGAGAAGUCUCGCCUCACCUUCUGGAAGGAGGCGUUCGGCUACACCAUGACGGUGAUGGCCGGCCUCACCGGAGCCCUGUCCAUGAUCGUCUACCGGGCCAUCAAGGAGCGCGUCAGCAUGUGGACAGCCCUGUUCACGUUCGGCUGGACGGGCACGGUGUGGGGCGCCUCCACCAUGUUCGUUAUGCAGGAGCCGAUCAUCCCCCUGGAUGGGGAGACGUGGGGCUACCUCACGGGGAUCUGUAUCUGUUCCACCGUGGCGUUCCUGGGGGUCUACUACGCCCUCAACAAGUUCCACCCCGCCCUGGUGAGCACCGUGCAGCACCUGGAGAUAGUGGUGGCCAUGUUGCUUCAGCUCAUGGUGCUGCGCAUGGUCCCCUCCAUCUACGACGUCAUCGGGGGGCUGGUCAUCAUGGCCAGUGUGUUUACUCUAACGGGAGUGAAGCUGUAUAGGGUCAGCCGGGCUGUACGGCAGGACUACCAGGAGAUACUGAACUCACCCAUUAAAUAGAGUCUGGACUCCAUCUUCUCUCUCCCUGUCUCUCUCUCUCCCUGUCUCUCUCUCUCCCUGUCUCUCUCUCUCCCUGUCUCUCUCUCUCUCUCUCUCGCUGUCUUUCCCUCUCCCUGUCUCUCUCUCUCUAUGUCUCUCGCUGUCUUUUCUCUCUCUCUCUCUCUCUCUCUCUCUCUUUCUGUCUCUCACUGUCUUUCUCUCUCCCUGUCUAUCUGCCUCUCUCUCUGUCUCUCUCUCUCUGUCACUCUCUCCUCUCAAUUCAAUUCAAAAGAGACGUAUGUUUACAUUGCCAAAGCAAGUGAGGUAGAUAAUAUACAAAAGUGAAAUAAAUAAUAAAAAUGAACAGUAAACAUUACACUCACAGAAGUUCCAAAAGAAUAAAGACAUUUCAAAUGUCAUAUUACGUCUAUAUACAGUGUUGUAAUGAUGUGCAAAUAGUUAAAGUACAAAAGGGAAAAUAAACAUAAAUAUGGGUUAUUUACAAUGAACUAAAAGAAUAGAGACAUCUCUCUCUCUCUCUCUUGCUCUCCCUCCCAAUCUCCUUCUCUUUCUCUCUCUCUAAUUUCAAUUCAAUACACUUUAUUGGCAUGACGUUACUAAUAUGCAUAUUGCCAAAGCUUACUUUGGAGAUGUACAAUAUUAACAUAAAAAAAAGUAAUAAUCAAUGUUGUCCAUGGGACAAAAGUAACAACAAUAACCCAGGGUCAAAUUAACCAUCCAUUGAACAAUAACAAUAAGAAUACAGUAGAGGACAUGUGCAGGUUGGUUGGUCUGUCAGACACUGUCCCUCAUAUUAUGAAACACAUGUCCCUCUCUCUCUGUGUCUCUCUCUCUCUGUGUGGGUUUGUGUCUCUCUCUAUGUCUCUCUGUGUCUCACUCCCUCUGUCUCUCUGUCUCUCUCUCUCUCUCUGUCUCUCUCCACCUCUCUCUGUCUCUCUCUCUCUCCCCCUCUCUCUCCACCUCUCUCUCUCUCUCUCUCUGUCUCUCUCUCUCCACCUCUCUCUCUCUCUGUCUCUCUCUCUCUGUCUCUCUCUGUCUCUCUCUCUCUGUCUCUCUCCACCUCUCUCUGUCUCUCUCUCUCUCCCCCUCUCUCUCCACCUCUCUCUCUCUCUGUCUCUCUCUCUCUCU